CGUCAGUCGCCGUCUUGUCGGGAUUGGAAUGUGAGCCACUAACAAACGGAGCAACUGAGCAUUCGGAAGUCGGUCAGUGGGACUGAGGAAUUCCAUCAUUUUUCCCACUCAGCAUUUUAAAGCGAGGUCAGCUUUUUUAAAAUAAUUUUUUAUAACCGGUUGUCGAGCGGAGAACGAGCUUUAUUUUGUAUCUCGGAGCGUCUUUGCAGAUGGAGGGGGGGAGAGAGAAAUGCAAGGAUUCGUUAGGCUAUGCCGGUGCCGCUGAACUGCUCCUCCUGUGCCGCGUUGCCUGUUCGCGGAGCACCAUGGAGUGAUUCGAGGAAAAGGGAUCCAGGAUCGAUCACGCUGAGACAAUUUGGGUGGAAGCGCAGCGGUUGGGCUUUUCCGCUUUUUCUCAAUGUAUUCCACCGAGUUAAACAUCUAACCUUUUCCGCUUAGGGGACCCUCCGGGACCCCCUUGCUGCUGUUUUUUUUUAUUUUAUUUUUUACCCGCAGGGAGCGACUUCCCAAACGGACACUUUUUUUUCCAUUUGAAAAGCCCUUGAAUGAGAGUGCGGAGAAGCGCCGUGGAAGAGAUUGUGACCCAAAGGGUUCGGGUGACACUCGUCUUUUUAGGUGCACCCAAGCCCCCUUGGACAUGCUGGGACUCCAGAAAAGCCUGAGAAAGGGACCGCAUUUUUAAUAAAAAAAAAAAAUCGCCCACAUGCUUUGGAUCCAAUCCCAAAUUUGCAUUUGGGAAAGGGGGUUUGGGAAUCCUUGGGAGGAGGAAGGAGCCUGGAGGAUGGAGCCGUCGUGUAAAUAACCCGGGAUUGCUGAGAGCCUAACUUCGGGCCACUUUGGCUAAAUCUUAUCCCCCCCCCCAAAAAAAAACCAAGUUGCAUCUGUUCCCAGGACACAUGCAGGCCAAAAAACGCUACCUGAUUCUGCUCUCGGCCGGGGCUUGUCUGGUGCUUUUCUACCUCGGAGCGGUUCCGCUUCCAUCAUCACCGAGCAGGCACCGGCAUGGGUACAGACCCGAUCACCCUUGGCCUCACUUCUCGGACCCUUUACACGCGUUCUUACCGUGGGAUCACAUUGACACGGAUGAAUAUAACGUGCACGCAUCUGUGAGGCAGAAACGGGUUGUGAACACGAGUGUUUACAAAGGAAAACGAUGCCGCAUGGAUUCAUGUUUUGACUUUUCCGUAUGUAAAAAAAAUGGAUUCAAAGUUUAUGUUUAUCCGCAGCAGAAGGGAGAAAAAAUAUCAGAGAGUUAUCAGAACAUUUUGUCCACUAUCGAAGGCUCCAGGUUCUACACCUCGGACCCGGGUCAAGCGUGUUUAUUUGUGCUUAGCUUGGAUACCCUUGACAGGGACCAGCUGUCUCCGCAGUACGUACACAACCUGAAGAGCAAGAUCCAAAACUUGCCGCUGUGGAACGAUGGCAGGAACCAUCUCAUAUUUAACUUAUAUUCCGGAACUUGGCCGGACUAUACGGAAGACCUGGGUUUUGACAUCGGACAAGCGAUGUUGGCUAAAGCGAGUAUCGGCGCCGAGAACUUCCGACCUAACUUUGACGUCUCUAUACCGCUUUUCUCCAAGGAGCACCUUCGGACCGGCGGAGAGAGAGGUUACCUUAAGUAUAACUCAAUCCCGCCUUUUAGAAAGUACAUGCUGGUCUUCAAGGGGAAGCGAUAUCUCACCGGUAUCGGUUCGGACACCAGGAAUGCCUUAUAUCACGUCCACAACGCGGAGGAUGUGGUGCUGCUCACCACCUGCAAGCAUGGCAAAGACUGGCAGAAGCACAAGGACGCGCGAUGUGACAAGGACAAUGCGGAAUACGACAGGUAUGACUACAAAGAGAUGCUCCAUAACUCCACCUUCUGUUUGGUGCCCCGAGGCAGACGGCUGGGCUCCUUUCGCUUCCUCGAGGCCCUGCAGGCGGCAUGUGUGCCGGUGAUGCUGAGUAACGGCUGGGAGCUGCCUUUCUCCGAGAUCAUCAACUGGAACACGGCGGCAGUCAUCGGUGACGAGAGACUCCUUCUGCAGAUUCCCACCACGGUGCGCUCCAUCCACCAGGAUAAGAUCCUGUCACUCAGACAACAGACCCAGUUCCUGUGGGAGGCCUACUUCUCCUCUGUGGAGAAAAUAGUGCUGACCACACUGGAGAUCAUCCAGGACCGUGUUUUGGAGCACAACUCCAGGAGCAGCCUGAUGUGGAACAGUCACCCCGGGGGGCUCUUUGCUCUGCCACAGUACUCUAGCUACCUAGGAGACUUCCCCUUCUACUACGCCACACUGGGGAUCAAACCGUACCCAAAGUUCACAGCCGUCAUCCACGCCGUCUCCAAUCUGGUGUCUCAGUCCCAACCGAUCCUCAAGCUGCUGGUGGCAGUGGCCAAAUCCCAGUACUGUGCACAGAUUAUUGUGCUGUGGAACUGUGACAAACCCCUCCCUGCCAAGCACCGCUGGCCUGCCACAUCCGUGCCAGUCAUCGUCAUCGAGGGAGAGAACAAGGUGAUGAGCAGCCGCUUCUUCCCCUACGACACCAUCGUGACGGACGCCGUCCUCAGCCUGGAUGAAGACACGGUGUUGUCCACCACAGAGGUGGACUUUGCCUUCACCGUAUGGCAGAGUUUUCCUGAACGCAUCGUGGGCUAUCCUGCACGCAGCCACUUCUGGGACAGCAACAAGGAGCGUUGGGGUUACACAUCCAAGUGGACCAAUGACUAUUCAAUGGUUCUGACGGGCGCCGCCAUAUACCACAGGUAUUACCACUACCUGUACACCAACUACCUGCCCUCCAGUCUGAAGAGCAUGGUGGAUCAACUGGCCAACUGCGAGGACAUCCUGAUGAACUUCCUGGUCUCCGCCGUCACCAAGUUACCUCCCAUCAAGGUCACACAGAAGAAACAGUACAAGGAGACCAUGAUGGGACAGUCAUCCAGAGCGUCUCGCUGGGCCGACCCGGACCACUUUGCCCAACGGCAGACGUGCAUGAACAAGUUUGCCAGCUGGUUUGGCUCGAUGCCGCUGGUCCGCUCCCAGAUGAGACUGGAUCCUGUCCUGUUCAAGGACCAGGUCUCCAUCCUGCGUAAGAAAUACAGGGACAUCGAGAGGCUCUGACCCCGCCCGGGUUGGGUGGGAGGUGCGAGACGCCGAUGCCGUCUAAGCAUGAACGCACAUGCAGAUUUUUUUUUUUUUUUUGGGGGGGGGGGGCAAAGACGAAGAAGAACCACAAACUCCGAUUAUUUUUUUUUUGUGGACGACCUUGACUAUCCUGCUAGCGUUACAAGACAAGAGGGAAAGGAGUGUGUUUUUGUCUGGUUACCCCCGGCAACUCACCCCCGCAUCAGGACCCGAUACCGGACUCACCACCGCCGUCCCCAAAAGCCGACCCGUGCUGCUUUAUCGCCUGGUUUGAUUUUUGUACAAAUCAGCUGUUAUAUCCAAGGGUUGGAAUGGUCGGAGCGUCAUCCAUUUUUAUGGAAUCGGAAGUUAGCUUUUAGCAUAAAAGCAGCCCAUAUUUCUCAUAUUCUCAGCUAUCGUCACGCAUUCACUACUUCCCCUUGCCUUAAUGUUUCUUUUUUUGUUGUUUUUUUUUUAAAUCAUCCUCCUCCUGUACUUCCUAUGUCUUUUUUUCUCCCAGCUGGUCUUUUAUCAGCAUUUCCUUGGAGUGCCAUUUUUUUUUAAAAGUUAUUUAUUGCACAUUCUGCUUGCCUGUAUUAGUUUGGAGACACCGAGGUGCGCUUGUUUUCAAUUGUGGUACACACCGACCAUGCUUUUAACGUACACUAUUGUUGAUAUGUUAUGGCAUCCCGGCACACGUUGUUGACAUUAGCCACGUUUACAUGAGGAGUUUUUCUCUUUUUCCCGAAUGGAAUCUUUCCGAAAGCAAUGGUAUACAUGGAAAGGAAUAUUCCAAUGGCGUGUCUACAUGCGCCGCUAUAAUCAACCAGAAUAGUCAAUGGGGCAUGCCCAGUAAAGUGUAAACACCAACAUCACGUGAUAUCGACUUCCUCCAGUUUUUUUUUUUCACUUGUUGGAAUAACUCCGUAUUCCUAAUAUUCAUUCAUUCAUUUUCGAACGCUUAUCCUCACAAGGGAAUAAACUCAUAAUAUUAUGAGUAGCAUAUUUAAAUUAUAUAUAUAUAUAUAUAUAUAUAUAGUGUGUGACUAUAAUAAAUAAUAUAAAAUAAAUUUUAAAAAUCAUAUAAAAAAUAUUUAAAAAAAUUUUUUUUAAUAUUUAAAAAAUAUUUUUUCAAAAAUAUUUGAAAAAAAAAUUUUUUUUAAAUAUUUGAAAAAAAUAUUUUUUUUUAAUAUUUGAUUUUUUUUUAUUGAAAUAUGCUACUCCUAUAAUAUCCUCAUAGUAUUGCCAGUUUUUCCUUCGUCAUAUAUUCAUUCGGAUUGGCACUUUUCUUUCGGAAAAAGGUUAGAUUCUUUCGGUUUCAGCAAAUAACCUGAUUGAAAUUGGAAUAUUUGGGUCCAUGUAAACGUGGCUAUUGAUCAUUUGAGGGGCGUACGGGGGGGUACGGGGGGACGUCCACUCAGACACUUGAAUGAAAGCAACACGCUAUUAGCGGCCUUUCUGUCAGACGUGCAAUCAGAAGUUUUUUUUUGUGCCAUAAAAAGGUGAUGGAUGCUACAAGGAGGAAAAUCAAACGGGGAACAAAAAUGAAGGCUGUGUCUCAAGUGUGUACUUGUGUACUUACACUUAGCUUCAGUACACUUAAGUGCGUGAGUGACAAGGAAGCGGGUAAAUAUCGCCAUUUGGUCAUUACAGUAAUCCCUCAUUUAUCACGGUUAAUUGGUUUCACGCCCGACUGUGAUAAGUGAAUUUCCGAAGAUUUGUUUGCCGCCUUCUAAAUAUGCUUUUUAACCAUAUUAGAGCCCUCUAGACAUGAAAUAACAACCCUAUAGUCACCUUUACACUUAUAUUCACCAAUAUAGUCGACAUAAUAUUGACUCAUGUGUUACCAUGGGCGAGUGGUUAGCGCUCAGGCAACACAGCGAGGAGACCCAAGUUCGAUUCCACCCUCAGCCAUCUUGUGUGGGUGUUUUCUCCGUGUACUCCGGUUUCCUCCCACAUUCCAAAAACAUGCUAGGUUAAUUAGCGACUCCAAAUUGUCCAUAGGUAUGAAUGUGAGUGUGAAUGGUUGUUUGUCUAUAUGUGCCCUGUGAUUGGCUGGCCACCAGUCCAGGGUGAACAGCUUCCUGUUCUGUAGCGUACUUCCUGGAGUGGCUACUGUCUCAUUAAUGUAACAUUACUGACAUCUCUUUAGUAAACAUAUCAUCACAACUUGUCUUUAAAUGCAUCUUCUAAAUGCCUUAUAUUUCUAUUUUUGUGUUUUUAAUGCUUGGAAAAAUCUUUGGCUUAAAUAUGCAUAUUUUUUUGUACUAAUAAUAGGCCCCCAGGCAACCAGGUAACAGCAUGAUUUAUUAAUAUAUUUUGAAAAACCGUGAUAGUGAAGCCACGAAAUUGGAAGUGGCGAGGGAUUACUGUAAUCCGCUCGGCAAAUGUUCCCUGGAAAAUCCUAUUGGUUUGUUUCCUGGCACCCAAAAAUAUGAGCAAAAAUAUUUUUUAUAGAGAAUAAUUAAGUUUACAUGGAUAGUAAUUAUUAGGGAUGUACCGACAAUCCGAAGAUUGGGUAAUAUCGGCUUCCGUCACGUAUCACGUUCAUAACUUGGGGCUACAUUCGCUCGACUCCCCAGCCACCCGCCGUGCAGACAAGUUAGUUUCAUUUUGGAUGUUGGAUAUUUGUCUCUAGGGACCGUCAAUAAAUUACAAUUGUUUUUUUUUGUUUUGUUUACUUUUCGUACAAAUUUUUUUGGUCUCAUGUUGGGUUAUUUUUAAGAAUGCAAGGCCGAUGAGUGUGUUUGUUGACAAAUUUGAUAAUUACAAUUGCUUUUUUUUUUUUUUUUUUUUUACUUUUCGUACAAAUUUUUUUGGUCCCAUGGUGGGUUAUUUUUAAGAAUGAAAGGAGUGUGUUUGUUGACAAAUUCGAGAUCGCGGAAUAAAACCGGCUAACCGGACUACUUUGUUACUUACAAUACUGUACGACAACCAAGGCAAAAACAUUUCACCAAAGCCGAGGCAAAUGUUCCCUAGGAAAUCCUAUUGGUUUGUUCCUGACACCCAAAAAUAUGAGCAAAAAUAAAUUUUAUAGAGAGUAAUUAAGUGUACAUGCAUAGUAAUUAUUAUUCUAGGGACCUUCAAUAAAUUACAAUUGCUUUUUUUUUUUUUACUUUUUUUUUUACUUUUUGUACAACUUCUUUUGGUCCCAUGGUGGGUUAUUUUUAAGAAUGCAAGGCCGGUGAGUGUGUUUGUUGACAAAUUCAAUAAUUACAAUUGCUUUUUUUUUUUUUUACUUUUCGUACAAAUUUUUUUGGUCCCAUGGUGGGUUAUUUUUUAAGAAUGAAAGGCCGGUGAGUGUGUUUGUUGACAAAUUCGAUCAUUACAACUGCUUUUUUUUUUACUUUUUGUACAACUUUUUUUGGUCCCUUGGUGGGUUAUUUUUAAGAAUGAAAGGCCGGUGAGUGUGUUUGUUGACAAAUUUGAUAUCGCGGAAUAAAACGGUACUAAACCGACUACUUUUUACUACUGUAAACUCAAAGUGUGAACAUAAAGUACAGUAUUCCAUUUGAGACACAGCCUUUUUGCAUCAUGUGAAGUAAGUCACACUGCAAAGAAAACAAAUAGCCAAAAUACACAAAUAUAUUUUUUUUAAAAGUACAGUAGAACCUCACAUUUGUUCUUAUUUCAAAAAUGAUGGACAUGUAAAUAACUGUUCCGGGGCCAAACCUUGAUCAGCUCUCCAGGCCGUGUUUUACCACAAAUGCUAAAAGAGGCUAACCACUGCAGUAUAAACUUAAAAACCAUCUACAGAAACUAUACUCCGAUAAUUAUCAGCCCGAUAUCAAGGUAAAAAUGCGAUAUCGGAAUUUUUUUCCCCCCCGAUAUUUAAAAAAAAAUGCUAUAUACAAACACAUAUGUGUUCAUAUGAAUGGUGUUAAACUGUUGACGUUCUACAGUAUAUUUGCAUUGACAGACAAUCCCUAAAGUAUUAGUGUGAAACCCAAACAGGAAAUGAUAUGUUUUCAUUAUCAUACUGCAAGUUUUAUAUCAUAAAAGCCCAAAAGUCCUACUUUUAUUUUAUUUCUUACAUUCUAAAUGUCAUGUACCCCCCCCCCAUUUGGUUUCAUGGUUUGACUGAAAUGUUGCAACAAAGUGUUGAUCUUAAGCACUUUUUUCAGCAUCUGUUAUCUACUAUUUGUGCUAUUAUUUUCCCAUCACACGUUUCAAUGUCUGAUUUAAGUCGGAGGUUAUCAAGUCAAGUACAUUUCCCUCAGCUUUGCAGAUAAAAAUCAUAACUGACUGCAUUGUACAUAAACAUAUAUUUAUUUUUAUUUUUUUUUUUUUUUACUGUGUACUCUAUGAGGUGACGCUGUACUGGCAUUGCUGAGGGGGAGUUCAUGUAUGUCACGUGCCAAUAAUCCAUUUUGGGUUUGCAUUGGGGUUUUUUUUUUACCCCUUAACUGGCAGCACUCAUGCAGCCUCUAGAGCAUGAAUGACGCUUGACUGUAGGUACUCGAUUGUUGUUCAUACAAAUUCAGAGUAAUAUCGGUAUUGUUAAGUCAUUUGCAGUGGAUACCACAUAAUAGAUACAGUACUCCCUUGGUUCAAAUCCCGUGGCGUCACUAUCACGGUUGUUCGGAAAUAUAUUAAAUUAAUAAAUUCUGCUUUUUGGUAAUUGAAUAUAGCUUAUUUGAGUAAAAAAAAUCUAAACAAAUGUUACAUAAUUAAGCAUAAAAACAGCUAAAUUAACAAAUACGGGAUUCAAACACUUAAUUUCUUGUAUCAUGUCUACAUUAUUGGGUAAUCGGACUGUAAAGGUGACUAUAGGGGUGUUAUUUCAUGUCUAGAGGUCUCUAAUGUUAAAAAAAACAGAUUUAGAAGGUCAUAAACAGGUUUCAUCAAUCAGUACUCUAAAAGUACUAUAAAAGUAAUAUUACUGUAAUGUUUGGUGAGACACACAAACACCGGAAUUGGUCACAGGCACAAUAAUCCGUAAUAAAAACAUCACUUCCUGUGCGCCCACCACUCAGCUACCCGAACCCCGGAAGGCAUUUACAUAAGCACAAGUCUUAUUUAUGUCUUAAUUUCUUCUAUCAUGUCUACAGUAUUGGGUGAUCGGAAUGUAAAAGUGACUAUAGGGGUGUUAUUUCAUGUCUAGAGGGCUCUAAUGUUAAAAAAAACAGAUUUAGAAGGUCAUAAAAAGGUUUCAUCAAUCAGUAAGAGGGGUUACUGUACUCUAAAAGUACUAUAAAAGUAAUAUUACUGUAAUGUUUGGUGAGACACACAAACACAAUAAUCCAUCAUAAAUACAUCACUUCCUGUACGCCCACCACUCAGCUACCCGAACCCCGGAAGGCAUUUACAUAAGCACAAGUCUUAUUUAUGUCUUCAUUUCUUCUAUUAUGUCUACAGUAUUGGGUAAUUGGAAUGUAAAGGUGACUAUAGGGGUGUUAUUUCAUGUCUAGAGGGCUCUAAUGUUAAAAAAAACAGAUUUAGAAGGCCGUAAACAGGUUUUUUAUGCUCUAACUACAAACAUAUUCCGUUUAGAAUUAAGGAGUCCGACUUUUUGGAAAUCCACUUAUCACAGUCGCGUCUGGAAUCAGUGAGCCACGAGAAACGAGGGGGUUACUGUACUCUAAAAAGUUGGACCGCAAACAUCCACUUUACUGCAAAGUGCAACAUUUGUAAGUUUUUAAGUUAACAACGUUCGCAUACGCCAUUGAUCUAAAAUUGGAUUGGGCUGCACCAUCCUGGCUCUCGACGGGAGUCCAAUCGCUUAAAAACCCCCGAUAAAAAGGGGAGACGGAGAACAAUAAGCAUCUGCAGCAGAUGGAGACGUUGUGCCAAGCUGUGCUAACACUUAGCUAGCACGUGUGAUAAUGAUAAUGAGACGUGGUGGCACGCAGCUUGGCACAUCGAAAAAAACCUCUGCCAAAAGCGCUUUGUCAUCAUCCCAUUGGGUGCGGACCAAAAAAAAAAAAAAACGAUGUAUUAUGCAAGUUUAAAAAUUGUGAAUUUAAUGUUGUGGAAGGUCUUCCCCAAAAAAAACGAAAAUGUGACAGACAAUUCGUGUUUAUCUUGUUCAUUUGUGCCUUUUUGUCAACGUGAGUUCUCGAACCGCCGAGGAACGUUCUGUUGUGGACUUAUCUCUACGCACCGCACGACAAAAAAACAACAAAAAAAAACAACUUUUUUUGUGUGUUUGCACACCGUUACCACGACGACCAUGCGUGCAUGACUAUGUUUUGGAUUAUUUAUCAUCACAUGACUCGACAGAAGCUGAAAUAAUACGGAUUGUCCUGAUGCCUUCUUCUCCUCCCUCUUUCCCCACUCAAGACUUUUCUAAAAGGUCACAGAUGAGAUAGAAGAUAAAUGCUGAUUUUGUAAGAAUGAUUUAUAAUAAAACUCAUUUGACCAUAACCGUGUCUCACUGGUCUACUUUAUAACAAACAACAAACGGAGGACUGGAAUCUGUUCCGAAAUAUUAACAAAAAACACAUUUUAUAUAAAAAUAAUUCAAUGACUUCUUGCUAUAUCAGGAUUCAAACAUUAGUCCCUCACUAAAAUCACAUUUUUUAUUUUAUUUUAUUAUAAUUGAUGGAUUUUUUGUGGUAGGACUAUGGCCUAUUAUUAGCCAAAAAGUUACUUAGUUGUAGCAUUCUGGUCACUAGGUAUAAGUAAUGUAAAGUUAAGAUUCUCCUCUCAUUCUGUGUGGAAGUGGUAAGUAAAAAAAAUUUUUUUUCUUUGUCCUUCUUCCCCACUGUGUGUUUCAAACGGACACUUUCUUAAAGGAAAACUGCACUCUUUUGGAAUUUUGCCCAUCAUCCACAGUCCUUAUGUGAAACAUGAAGACAGCAAAAAACAGGGAAAAAGAGACAGUGUCAGUACACCAGUACCAUAAUUUGAUCAGUGUAACAAUGUUAAUACUAAUAAUAAUAAUAAUAAUAAUAACAGUUGCUGUUGUUGUCGUUGUAGCUUGGUUAAUGUAAAAUAAAUGGAGCAGAAUAGUAAGUAUCUGUUUUUGUCUGUUUCGAUAUCUUUAGAACGCACAGAAAAGAGAAAUACAUACGUUCAUGUCUCACAUCCCCACCCUCCCAAAUAAAGUGCAGUUUAGAAUAAGUAAACAAAGAAUACAGAGUAUACAGUGUAAGCGUGACUAUAGGGGUGCUAUUUUAUGUUUAUAUGGCUCUAAUCAUGAUAAAAACUACCAUGAUAAACGGGUUUUCUAUGCUCAAACUCCAAAAAUCUUUUGUUGAUUAAUUGACUUAUCACAGUGAUAAACGAAGGAUUAGUGUAUAGUUUUAAGGAAAAGAACAACACAAUAUUUUUGUAUAAUUAUUGUAUACUAUAUGGCAUAAAUGUACUUAAUGUAUUUUUAAAAUGUAUUUUUAUCGCUAUUUGUAAAUAUGCAAAUCUUAUGUUGUAUUUCUUUCUAUUUUAUUCAAAAUGUAUUGCUUUUCAUAAGAUAGACUUUUUUUUCUGGUUUGAACAACACAAAAUUUUUGUAUAAUUAUUGUAUACUGUAUAGCAUAAAUGUACUUGUAUUUUUCUCACUAUUUGUAAAUAU